AUGGAGACAUACAGUGAACCUACACACUCCGACCCUUCGACUUCGGAGCAGAUGGCUAUGGCCUCUUCGUCACCGCCUUCUACAGAUGCAGAUCUCGAAGACAAGACGAAAUCACCCAAAACGGACAAUGUGGAGGUUGUCACUGGAGCAAGGUUGCUUCUGAUGCUCGCCAGCUUGUCCCUCGCAUGCUUCCUGAUUCUGUUGGACACCUCCAUUGUGUCUACGGCGAUCCCCAAAAUCACCGACCACUUUCAUUCUCUCCCAGAUGUCGGCUGGUACGGGAGCGCCUACCAGCUUGGGAGUUCGGUCCUGCAGCCGUUGACGGGGAAGAUAUACAACCAUUUCAGCUUGAAGUGGACAUUCAUAGCCUUCUUUGCCAUUUUCGAGUUGGGAUCGGCCAUUUGCGGAGCCGCCCAGUCGUCUGCUAUGCUCAUUGUCGGCCGCGCUGUCUCUGGCGUAGGCGCAUCCGCUCUGAUCAAUGGCGCCUUUACCAUCGUUUCGAGCUCGGUGCCUCUCGAGAAGCAACCCCGUAAUGCAGUUGCCCAGCUAGGCGUUGCAAUUGGGCCUCUGGUCGGAGGUGCUUUCACCCAUGGCUACACUUGGCGAUGGUGCUUCUACAUCAACCUUCCGCUCGGCGCCUUGGUGGCAUUCCCGCUCAUCCUGAUGCAUAUCCCUGAGCAAGUGCCGAAAGAAAGCCCCGGAUCCGCCUUGCGCAAAGUUCAUCAUCACCUCGACCUAGUCGGCUUUGCUCUCUUCGCCCCAGCUGUCAUCCAACUCCUCCUAGCCCUGCAGUUUGGCGGCAAUCAGUUCGCGUGGAAUUCGUCCCAAGUGAUCGGUCUGUUCUGUGGAGCUGGCGCCACCUUCAUCGUCUGGCUGGUUUGGAACUAUCACAAAGGGGACGACGGUCUGCUGCCAGUGCCGACCAUCAGACGGAGGGCGGUUUGGAUGAGCGGGCUGAACUACACGUUCCUGAUGUCCACCCUGUUUGGCGCUUCAUACUUCCUGCCCAUCUAUUUCCAAGCUGUGAAGGGAGUGAAUGCUAUAAUGAGCGGAGUAUAUCUGUUGGCUACCAUACUGCCUCAAUUGGUUGGAGCGGUUCUUUCAGGCACUCUCAUAUCGAAAAUUGGCUAUAUACCUCCCAUAUCUAUCUUCGCCGCUACGCUCACGUCGAUCGGAAGUGGUUUGUACGCCAUGCUUCAACCCGGCACAUCAACUGCAAAAUGGGUUGGAUACCAAGUCUUGACUGGCUUCGGCCGGGGUACGGGCUUUACAACGCCCGUCACCGCCGUCCAGCAUGCGGUCUCGAAAACCGAACUCUCCUCAGCCCUGGCGUUCAUCGUGUGGUGUCAGUAUAUCGGUCCCGCCAUCUUUCUGAGCCUGUACAACACCAUUUUCGACACGAGCCUGCGGCCUCAACUACGCGAGCAUGCCCCAAAUACGAAUGCCAACGCCAUUAUCAUGGCCGGUGCCACCGAGUUUCGCCGUAUCGUCCAUGCUCAGGACCUGCCGGGAGUCUUGGUGGCGUUCUCCAAUAGCUUGGACCGCGUCUUCUACCUGGUAGCUGCGGCCGGGGUGGUGGCCUGGUUUGCUGCGUGGGGAAUGGGCUGGAAGGACAUUCGCAAGACUAAAGAAGAGUCGCCUGCGGACUCUACCGCGAAUAUUGACGAGGAGAAGGACCAGCACGACACCGACAACAGGGUCUGA